CCCAAGACCCAGCCCAAGAUCUCCGAGUCCCCAGUUCCUACAAGAUGGCGGAGGUGGAGAAAGCCGCGGCAGCUUCUCCUGGCACGGACACCAUUUUUGGCAAGAUCCUACGCGGCGAAAUACCUACAGACUUCAUUUACGAGGACGAGCAGUGUGUUGCUUUCCUGGACAUAACUCCCCAGGCUCCCGUGCACUUCCUGGUCAUCCCGCGCAAGCCACUCCCCACCCUCACUGAUGCCGGGGACGAGGACGAGCAGCUCCUUGGUCACAUGAUGUUGGUCGCCCGGAAAGUCGCCAAAGAGCAAGGCCUCAACAACGGCUUUCGAUUGGUCGUAAACAACGGCCGCGACGGAGCCCAGAGCGUCUACCACCUGCACAUCCACGUACUGGGCGGCAGGCAGAUGCAGUGGCCCCCAGGCUAGGCUUAAGGAGCGGGAAGCGGGUGUGAUUCUAGAGGAAUUGGCAGAAGUUGUUCAAGAUGAAUUUUGACGAUUUUUAUGUUUGUGUUGGGGUAUUUUUUGUUGUUUGUUGUUGAUUCUUACUUUUUUUUUAUCCUUAUAUCAAAAUACUCUGAGAGCAUUUUUCAAGAGUUAGUUAAGAAAAUGCUGAGAUGUCAUGCCAUGGAAAAAUGUUGUUAAAUGCCCAUAAGUAUCUUUUAAGUAUCGCGUAAUAGAAAGGAUUCAUGAAUUCAACUGUUUUGUUAACUUGAUCGACUUGGUUUAUUGAACAGAUUUAUUUUGUAAUUUUAUUUGUAAUUUAUUUGGUUUCUGGACACAAUUGUUUUCUAAUUCAUGUGGUUUCUGGACACAAUUGUUUUCUAAUUCAUGUGGUUUCUGGACACAAUUGUUUUCUAAUUCAUGUGGUUUCUGGACACAAUUGUUUUCUAAUUCAUGUGGUUUCUGGGCACAAUUGUUUUCUAAUUCAUUUGGUUUUUCGACACAAUUGUUUUCUAAUUCAUUUGGUUUCUGGGCACAAUUGUUU